AUGCUGAUCAAAGUGAAGGUAAGAGCAUGGCGUUAUCUUCGGCUUUACUUCUCUGGGGUCUUCUAGAUGCUAAUGUUAGCAUCUGGCUAACAUCUCAGACCGGUAUCUGCUGAUUCAAGUCUGGGCCGAGGGAGCAGACACUCUUUGUAUUUUUAAUCACAUCUGCUGCGUGAUUCUCUCAAAUUAAUACUAUUUAUUGGUCCUGUUUUGUAAAUAUAAGAUAGAGUUUUCAAGAAGCUUACCGACAAACUACUAUUCCUGUGGUCAGUCAGAGCACGUUAUUUGUUUUGAGACUUCAACUCAUUCACUAAUAAAGAAAAACAAACACCAAUAUGAGGAAAUCUUACUGAUCACAGAGUCUAAAGGAUGCAUUUAAUGACUCCCAUUUCCUGCUUUCUUUAGACUAAUAGGUAAAAGUUUAUUGAUUUAAAGUCGACGGAGUAAAUGAGACUCUGUAAAUUUGGGGAGAUUGUCAAAGAAAAAGGUUGACUGGGUCUGAAAGUAACGAGUGAGGCUGAGCUAAUUGUAAAUUUACCCACCGAAGUUCUUUCUUUGAUUGAUGUGGCUUAUUUUAUUCCAUCUAAAUUUCUUUCUCAUCAGGGCCAGGGCCCAACUACAUUCUCAUCAUAACACUACCGUAGCAAACGGGGAAGAAAAAAAAACACCCAGGUCUUCAUUGCUUUAUCUUUGAAUGGACACUAACUCAAUCCUACGAGCUUUAAAAAAACAACUUUUGUUUACCCUUCUUUCAUACAUCUUAAAAAGCAUUUUAAAAAAUGCUGUUGGCUGCUUUACAAUCCAAACUCCUUCACUCUUCAGAGAGUCUAACUAAAGCCUCAUUUUUCUCAAACGUGAAUCAUAAUGAGGAACAUUUAGGGCUGGGCGAUAAAACGAUAAUAUAUAUAUAAAAUUAAUUUCCCUCAAUAUAAAUAUAAAACAUGGUCAAUAUGGAGUAUGCAUCCUGCCAUGUUUUGGUAGACUACAAGAAUAGCCAAUGGGGUUAGCCAAGGGGAGUUGCUCUGGGUCCGGUUCACGCUGAACAAAUCAUGUGCUGAAUUAGAACCAAGUUGCAUAGCACUUUAACACGUGAAGCCGACAGCGCUGUUGGUGAGAAAAAAAGAAAAUGAGUGCCACCCCCAGCAGAAGUGCAGAUGAAGGCUCAACAGAUAAUGACAUCGCUGACAACACUGGCACGAAAACGUCGGUGAAAACGUCACAGAUGCACUUGCUUAUUGUUGCAAAAAGACAUGCUACCAAUAAGCACUCUUAAAUUUCAUUUUUUCAUAUUGUGAUAUAUAUUGAUAUUGACUGAUACGAAAAAAAUAUAUUGUGAUAAACUUUUUCCCAUGUUGCCCAGCCUUAGGAACAUUUGAAAUAAAUGCACAAUUUAGCAAAAAGUGAUUAAAUAGUGUAUCCAUGACUGGCGGUCGAUUCUUACAGCUGAGGAUAUUAAAUGAUAGAGCAGGUCAGCCAGGGACCGAUAUAUAUUUCUAAUAUUAUGUUGUUGCUGUUUUCUAAUUUGACAAUAAAUAUGUUAAAAUAAAUAUGUAAACAUGUUUGGAAUAGAUGUUCAAUGAAUUUAGAAAACAUAGUCUUUAGCUGUCUACUUUAAAAAAAAGAGUUGAACACCCAGCUCUUUAGGGAACACCUAGUUGACUCACACUGUCCAGCUCUACUCCCGGGAUACUUCUGCCCCGCCCUUCGUGAGUGAGCCUUGGGACUUCUUUGGUCAUCUUUGUGGUGCAGACAAGUUGUAUUUGAUGGAGAUGGUGAAGGUCUUACAUUGAUGUUUGGUUGCUUUAUUGUUGAUGUUCGUUGAAAAAAUCAUUUAUCCACUUAUUGCAUUGCCUUUAAGAUUGCUAAGCAGUACUUGUGUCCAAAUGGACUUGAAGCACUUUGUUGCUUUUUCUGAUCUUGUUUCCUCUCGUCUAGAUCUGUGCUUGUGUUGUUCUUAUUCUUGAAUGUACGUCACUUCGGAUAAAAGCGUCUGCUAACAUUGUAACAGUGUGAUAUCCAUUUUCUGUGGCACUGAAGCUAUUAUGUCUCUGUACUUCAAAUAAUUUGACGUGUUACCCUGUCUAGUUGAACACAGUUGUUAUUUGAUUGAAAGAAACAAGCCCUUUUUGUAACUCUGUCCUGUAUUGCUGGAGAUUUUUUGAGACUGUAGAUGUUAUCAGACUGUGAUUAAUUGGAUCAUGUUGUUGUUGUGUUUCAGACUCUCACCGGAAAAGAAAUAGAGAUUGACAUCGAGCCCACAGACAAGGUGAACAACACUUUCCCCUAACCUGAUAAAUCUAACGUUUCUGUCCAAACUUCAAAACUAUAAAUCCUGUCUUUUGUGAAUGAAGGUGGAGCGAAUCAAAGAAAGGGUGGAGGAGAAAGAGGGGAUCCCACCACAACAACAGAGACUCAUCUACAGUGGAAAACAGAUGUGAGUCCUUUUGAAAUAAGCGAUCUUGCCAUAAAACAGCUGUAGGGUACUUAAUUAUCCCUCCUCUCAACCUCCUCCUGUGUCCUCUUCAGGAACGAUGAAAAGACAGCUGCAGACUACAAGAUCCAGGGAGGCUCGGUGCUCCAUCUUGUGUUGGCGCUAAGAGGCGGCUCCGUGCUCCACAGGCCCGGCACGCUCCUCACCUGCUUGUCCUGA